GCACUGUCUACAGACUUGAGGAGGUAUUAAUUCAAGGCGACUGACUUACUUUAGACUGCUUCUCUUGGUCGUGUCUAUAUAUAUCGUCCCCAAACGUAAGCCUCACGCUAAACCUCGAACAGUAACUUGGUUACAACAUACAACCCCCCAUGCUGGCCGCUGUGCUACUUAGGCUUCCGUCAUUCUUUCCCUACUACGCUUUUUCUUCUUCUUCUUCUUAACUAUAGUUAUACCCCUCCGGUUAUCUUUACUCAUAUGGCAGACGACGCUCUCCAUGAUGGCCUUGCGCCCACCACACCUUCGCCUAGGGACCCCGAUGCGCCACCUCUAAGCGCUACGUCUCCCGACCAUCCCGCUGCAGCUUUGGAGGUCCGUCAGGGACCACCAGUGAUCUCGGAGGAGUUGAAGGCUCGGUUAGACAAAGUCAUUUAUUCAGAUAUUGGCGUCACCACUCUCCUGAAUCGAUUGAAGCAGAGCGUUGCAUCUGCCAAGGAUUUUGCUACGUUCCUUAAGAAACGGUCGAUUUUAGAAGACGAGCAUGCUCAGGGCUUAAGAAAGCUCUCUCGUUCUCUCUAUGAUGCCGCCCACCGCUCCGAUAACCGCCAAGGCACCUACAGCUAUGGAUGUGUUGAACUCAACCGGUUCCAUGAGCGCAUGGCAGACCAUGGGCUCCAGUUUGCAGUCUCCCUACAACAGAUGGCCGACAAUCUCAAUGAGCUCACAACCAACAUUGAACGGGGUCGCAAGCAAUGGAAGCAGACGGGAUUGAGUGCGGAGAAGAGGGUUCUGGAGGCUGAAGCCUUGGCAGAGAAGGCAAAGGCGAAAUACGAGUCUCUUGCGGAACAGUAUGAUCGUGUAAAAACGGGAGAGAAGCACGGAGGAAAGUUUGGCUUCAAGGGAACCAAAUCUUCGGCUCAACACGAGGAGGAGUUGUUGCGCAAGGUGCAACAUGCGGACUCGGACUACUCUUCCAAGGUCCAGGCCGCCCAGUCUGCCCGACAGGAGUUGAUUUCCACCCACCGACCACAGGCUGUGCGCAACAUCCAGCAGUUGAUCUCAGAAUGCGAUUCAGGCCUAACACUGCAGAUGCAGAAGUUCGGAACAUUCAAUGAAAAGCUCCUGCUUGGGCAAGGAUUAUCUAUCAGCCCCUUGAAAGAAGCCGCUGAAAACCCCGCCACCGCACCUAAAAGUCUUUACGAAGUUAUCCAGCAGAUUGAUAACCAGAAGGAUUACCAUGAUUAUAUUCUGAGUCACGAGAAAGAUCCCGGCGCUGUAAGUUCGGAGCAAAUCAGGUACCAGCGUCAUGCAACCUUUGCAGGCUCGACUGUACCUGUAACUCCUAGCUCCCAAGCUAGCACCCAAAGCAACCGACAGUCCGUUGUGAUGCCCCAGUCAUUCUCUCAGCAGGCUCCUCUUUCGAUGCAGCCUCCAUCCCAAACACCCGCUCACGCGCCCGUCCAACCGCCUGCCCUGGCCCAGAAUAUUCAACCUCUGCCCUACCCUCAAACCUCCGACUCCUAUGCCUCGGACUCCUAUGCCUCGGCUACCUUCCAACCUCCUUAUCCACUUUCGUCAACACCUUCACAUGAGCCAUCAUACAUGGGCCAAGCACCACCAUCACUAUCCAAAGGACCUCCACCAUCAUCUGGUAACGGCCAUUCUCAGCACCUUCCACCUCUCAAGCCAGUCUUUGGUGUUUCCUUGGAUGAGUUGUAUUCCCGUGAUGGAACUGCUGUUCCUAUGAUUGUUUACCAGUGCUUCCAAGGGAUUGAGCUGUUCGGCCUAGAUAUGGAGGGUAUUUACCGACUCUCAGGCAGUGCGAACCACAUCAGCCAGAUGAAAGCGUUGUUUGACAACGAUUCAUCUCAAGUUGAUUUCACCAACCCAGAGACCUUCCACCACGAUGUCAACAGCGUUGCCGGUCUUCUCAAGCAGUUCUUUAGGGAUCUCCCUGAUCCAUUAUUCACAUCUCAGGCUUAUGCAGGCCUUAUUGAUGCAGCACGCAUUGACGAUGACAUCCAAAGAAGAGAUUCUCUUCAUGCAAUUGUGAACGGUCUUCCAGACGCACAUUACGCUACUCUGAGGGCUCUAAUUCUGCACCUCAACAAAGUUCAAGAACACUACACUCAGAAUCGCAUGAAUGCAGGAAAUAUCGCAAUUUGCUUUGGGCCUACUCUAAUGGGCUCUAGCGCGGGAGGCAAUAUUGCAGAUGCUGGCUGGCAGGUUCGCGUUAUCGAGACGAUCCUAAACAGCGUCUUCCAGAUCUUUGACGAUGACUGAGUUGUUCGCGGUAAGCUUUAUGGGAGCUUGGAAAAAAAAAACAUGACUGUAUUUUUUUCUUUUUCUUUUUUUUUUUGGAUUUGCGAGGUUAAAUGUUUUAUGAUUUCCCUUUUUGUUAACCUGCGUUCUUUUUUUUUUUUUUUGUUCAACUAAUCAUCUACCCCCUUCGUAUCACACAACACAUUGUGUCUCUUAUUCUAGUUUGUUGUAUCCUAGCUACUGGUACUGCUGCUCUUCUGUAAAUAAUACUGUUUUGUGAUGGGAGAAGCUUCCACGAUUAUAUAGGUUUACUGCUUACUGUUGAUAUGGAACAUGAUAUGAUCAGUUUGAACUUGAUUGAUGCUUUUCAUGAUGGUACACCCUCCAGUUCUAUGGGCUAAACUUGACAAACG